AAAAAAUCUCGUGAUAUGGUCGUCAAUCAACUGCGCACCCAAGCUCACUACAGCUUGCUCUCAACACACUACCCAUCUUCUGCCUCCAUCAUCUCCUCGAACGAUACACUCCAUCUGAGGCAUGAAGUUGGUAUCGUGUCCCCGCCAACGGGACCUCACUCUCCUCUCUUCCAUCCUCCGCCCAUCUCUCGCGCUGUGUACUAGCUCUACCAGACUACAUGCAUCAUCCCACCAUCCUUUGACAGACUCUCAACGACCAUUCUCGGUCCUCAAUCGUCCCCCUCCUAAUUACCCUGGCCAUGUUCCCUUGACUGGACUCGAAAGACUGGGCCUAGCCGUUGGCAGUGCAGUCACCUCCCUCAUCGAUCCUUACAGGCACGACAUGGUUGCAGCAUGCGGGGAGGCCACCGCGCAACCAUUUUUCAUUACCGCCCUCAAAACCCGUAUGCUAUCGGAUCCUUCAGGACGACGGAUUCUACGAGACCGUCCUCGCAUCACCUCCAAAACACUCCCUUUGGAAAUGCUCCGGGCGUUGCCCCAGGAUUCGGUUGGGAGGACCUAUGCGGCAUGGCUAGACAGGGAGGGAGUCACCCCCGACACGAGAGACAACGUCCGCUACAUUGACGACGAAGAGGAAGCCUACGUUAUGCAAAGAUAUCGCGAAUGUCAUGAUUUCUACCACGCCGUCACGGGUCUUCCAGUCUGGGUUGAAGGCGAAAUUGGCUUGAAGGCUUUCGAGUUUGCCAACACUGGCUUGCCCAUGACCGGCCUGAGUCUGGCAGCCAUUGUUCGUCUGAAACCGGCGGAGAGAAAGAGAAUGUUUGAAAUCUUCUUGCCCUGGGCUUUUGCCAAUGGUUGGAAGAGCCAUGAUCUGAUCAAUGUAUAUUGGGAGGAAGAACUCGAGACCCCAGUGGAGGAACUGCGCCAGAGACUGGGCAUCGAACAGCCACCGGACUUGAGGGAGAUUCGAAGACAACUCCGCGAGCAGCGCAGAGCGGCCAAGGCAGCACAAGAAGCCGCAUCGGCAGCCCCUUCUUCGACCGUAGCAUGAAACAAGUGUAAGAAAAUGUACAACACUUUUAGAACGGGGUAUCGUGUCGAAGCAAAACAUGGUCAUGAAUCCUUGAGCAGGUCGUCCAGAUCAUCAUCAUCCCACCCCCCUCUUCUUACGACCUUCACACUUUCAAGCGUCUGGCCGGAUUGUUUUUCAUGUUCAGACAGGCUGGCCAGCAUGUCCUUGAGCUGAGCUUCUGUCACCUUUUGACGUAAUUGUCCCGACCUCCCCAGAGCAAUCAAGCGAUUCUCGACAUCAGUGGCUCGUGAUUCUUUGACCAGACGGAUGCGACCAAGACGGUCUUGCGCCUCAGGCUCCAGUAUCUGGUUGAGGAUCGAGGACCUUGCUUCGGAUUCUUGUUUUCUGCUGAGACAUCAGUGACAGCUCAACAGAGAGUGCAGACUUUUGUUAAUCACCGUUUCUGAUCUUGUUCUUCAGCAUUGUCAGGUGAGCCUGCACCACCCUGUUGUCUCAACUGGGCAAGCCGUGCCGCUCGAAUCUGCAAGAAUCUGUGAGUCUUUGAACAGUCAAAAGUGUGGUUAGGACCAUCUACCUGCGCCAAUUCAUCGUCCGCCAUGUCUAAUUGCGUACCCAGUGGGUGUUCGAGAA